UGCUGGAUCUGCCUCGCCUGCCUGUCGUCUGCUGAAGCUGGGUUGUACUGCCUGCUCCACACUGCACCGGCACACAGCAGAGUCACGGCCCGUUUGAAUCACCGUCUGCUCUCUCAGCACCACCGCGGACCCCCACAGCACCCCCCAGCAAAAAGGACAACCAGGGACAGAGCUCACCACGCUUUCUCCAUCACCAAAAGGGGGACGCAGCAGAUUUCACCAAGGAGCCAGACGCUACAAUUUAGGCACCAGCUGCUAAACCUCAACCAAAUCCCCCCCUCCACCUUGUCCCAUCCUUCCCAACACUCCUCUCUCGCUCCUCCCUAUGCCCUUGUCCUCGGCGGCUCCUCUCACCUCCCUGGCCAGUAUAUGGAUAGAAGCUCCCUGUUUCAGCUCAUACAAGAGCAGCUGGACCCAGACAACACCGGUUUCAUCGCAGUGGAGAACUUCACCAGCUUGGUGGAGCACCAUGAGCUGCAGCUGGACCCGUCCAAACUGGACAUGCUGUUAGCGCUGGUCCAGAGCAAUGAGGAGGGGCAGGUGUGCUACCAGGAGCUCAUCGAGCUGAUGAGCAGUAAGCGCUCCAGCAGUUUCCGACGGGCCAUAGCUAAUGGCCGCCGCACGCUGCAGAGGGAGAUCCUGCUGGACGAGACGGGGCUGGGUCUGUACAAGCGCUUCGUCCGCUAUGUGGCCUACGAGAUCCUGCCCUGCGAGACGGACCGGCGCUGGUACUUCCACCAGAACCGCCUGUGUCCCCCGCCGGUCUUCAUCGCCAUCGUCACCAUCGUACAGAUCAUCGUGUUCAUGUGCUACGGCAUCAUGCUGAACAAGUGGGUUCUGCAGACCUACCAGCCCGACUUCAUGAAGAGUCCUCUGGUCUACCACCCCGGACACCGAGCUCAAGUGUGGCGCUUCUUCAGCUACAUGUUCAUGCACGUUGGUUUGGAGCAGCUGGGGUUCAAUGCUUUACUGCAGCUGAUGAUUGGCGUUCCUUUGGAGAUGGUCCAUGGUAUAUUACGGAUAAGUCUUCUAUACAUGGCAGGAGUGCUGGCCGGCUCGCUCACAGUGUCCAUCACCGACAUGCGAGCUCCGGUGGUGGGGGGGUCCGGAGGGGUCUACGCUCUGUGCUCGGCACAUCUGGCCAACGUCGUCAUGAACUGGGCCGGGAUGCGUUGUCCGUACAAGCUGCUCCGCAUGAUCCUGGCUCUAGUUUGCAUGAGUUCGGAGGUGGGUCGUGCCGUCUGGCUCCGCUUCUCCCCCCCGCUGCCCUCCUCGGGGCCCCAGCCCAGCUUCAUGGCCCACCUGUCGGGGGCCGUGGUGGGCAUCAGCAUGGGGCUGCUGAUCCUGCGCAGCUACGAGGAGAGCCUGCAGAAACAGUGCUCCUGGUGGGUCAUCGUCUUCUCCUUCAUCACCUUCCUCCUCUUCGCCAUCUUCUGGAACAUCUUUGCCUACGAGCUGCUGGGGGUGCAGAUCCCGCCUCCUCCCUGAUGAAGGCCCCCCCCACCCCCCCCUCCACAGGUCCUAAUCCACACACACACUGACUCAAAUUUUCAAAGAAAUCCCUCUUGGACCAUACUUAGCAUUUCCUCUCAAGUUAGACCCAAAUUAUAAGAAAUCAUUCAAAACAAAAAAAAAUCUAAGAAUCCUUUUUUACAGAUACUUUGCAAAUCAAAGAAAUAUGUCUCUUUUAUCAAAGAGGGAUUACAGUAGCAACAAGAACAGGUGAAGGUUCCUCAGAUCCAUUUCGAGGAGCGUUGUAUCUUUUGAUAUAUACGUUUGAAAUCUCAUCCACAUUACCAGCACUAACCUUUCAGUGAGCAUUUAUCCGCCAUGCUCUUUAUUUCAGAGGCUUCUUGAAAAGCUGUUUCAUAAUUUGUUUCUUUGGGUGCGUCUCUCAUACAUUGUUGACACGUGCCUGUGGUGAAAAGCAAAGGGAAACAGUAGAGUGCUGUCGCGGUGACAAUGCUGGAGAAACACUAAGAGAAAUGUUUCUUUUAUCAAGAUCUGCACUUAAGCAGAGUGCACGCCUGAAUCUGAGUCAAAAAUCUGUGCCAAAAAUCAGAGCUGCAGCUGCUUUAAAGGAAAAAGUUUAUUUUAGGGUAGCAAUAAAACAAAAAUGUCUGAAGAACCAAAUGAAAUAUGAUUGCUGUUGUGUUUUUGUGAUUCCACAGCCCUGUUGUAACUCACCGGGGUGACUGUGGCGUUUUCAAAAUCGCUGAUUGAAAAACAAAAAACAACUUACAGAACGUUUUUCUCAAAUUGAGCUGCCGAGAAGGGUCUCCUGCCCAAUUUGAAAACAAAAUGCUUGGAGUGCAAAUGGUUCUCCCAAAGCAGAAAGAAUGAGAGGGUGAUUUGAAACGCAAGAUUUCAGGCACGUUUCAUUCUGUCAUCCUCAAGAAGGCAUCUUCAUUUUCACCUCAUGGGAUCUUUAUAAAUGAGAAGACAUCCGUUUUUCUUUUACAUUUGUUAACAUGGCAUUAUACCUACACUGUGGAUACCGAGACAUAUUUCACACAACAUAGACGUGAAGAUGGGAAAUGAAAGCGAACGCGUGACAUGGAGAAAAAGAAAAAAUUAAGCUCGCUAGAAAAAAGACGGAUCAAGUUUCCUGGAUGGUCAUCGCUUCCCCGGGUGAUCUCCUCCUGUUGUCGAACUAAACACCAACUUGCUAAGCGCACCGUGUAAAAUAUGCCAUGUCAUGCUCUGUGGCUCUCAGCGAGACAAGGACACACACACACACACACACACUCACCCACACACACACACACAGUUUCUCCUCUUUGUCUUUGAGAGCAGCCACCGCCUGAUUCUGAAGGUCAACGUGGACAAACCGAAGAGAACACACACACACACACACACACACACACACACACACACACACACACACACACACACACACACACACACACACACUGGCCCCUGCCUGUUCUCGCUCUGACAGACUGGACUGGGGAGGGCGUGGAUGUGUCAUCACCUGACCUCUGACCUUUGCGUCCCAGAGGACAUUGGGGUCUCUGUCGGGCCCGGUCUAUACCUCAGUUUCUCAUCCUUAGGGACUGUAUACUUUUGUAAAGGAAUGUACCUAUAAAGAAAAGAAAAAAAGAGUGUUAUUAAGCUGUCCCCAUUUUUCUUUUUGAUAGUGGAUGUGUAUAUCGUAUGUUCAUAACCAAGAGUAUAUUUAUUUGGUCUCAUCUCCUCUUUGACGGGGAAGAGUUUCAAAUGGUGCAAACUUAUUGCUAUGAUUGUUGUUCUUCUGAUUACUCCUGUCCUGUAUGCUCCUCUGAAAAAUAAUCCACGAGGCAGAAUCCCCACACAAGCUUGAUUUUAUAAAUCGUUAGUGCUUUACAAAAUAAGCCAUAGGAAGAACUAAUUGGAGAGGGUGUAAGAAAAAGAUGUUGGAUUGGUAGCUUUCAUUUUGUUCGUG